CCCCCCCUCUCUCCCCCUCUCUCUCCCUCUCUCCCUCUCUCUCAGCUUUUGUUUCGCCAUGCCUAGUCUAGUGGUAUCUGGAAUAAUGGAAAGAAAUGGGGGAUUUGGGGAACUGGGAUGUUUCGGAGGGAGCGCGAAGGACCGGGGUCUCCUGGAAGACGAGCGGGCCCUCCAGCUCGCCCUGGAUCAACUCUGCCUCCUUGGUUUGGGGGAGCCCCCCGCCCCCACAGCGGGCGAAGACGGGGGAGGUGGGGGGGGCAACGCCCCCGCCCCGCCAACUGCCCCCCCUCAGCCUGCCCCGCCGCCGCCACCCCCGGCGCCCCCGGCAGCGCCGCCGGCGGCCCCCCCGGCCCAGCAGCCCCAGCCACCGGCGGCCCCUAAAGGGGCAGGCGAUGCCAAGCUCUGCGCCCUGUACAAAGAGGCCGAGCUGCGGCUCAAGAGUAGCAGCAACACCACGGAGUGUGUCCCCGUGCCCACAUCGGAACACGUGGCGGAGAUCGUGGGCAGACAAGGCUGCAAGAUAAAGGCACUACGAGCAAAGACCAACACCUACAUCAAGACACCUGUCCGAGGCGAGGAGCCAGUCUUUAUGGUGACAGGACGCCGGGAGGAUGUGGCUACUGCCCGACGGGAGAUCAUUUCGGCAGCCGAGCACUUCUCCAUGAUCCGGGCCUCCCGAAACAAGUCAGGGGCUGCCUUCGGCGUAGCCCCGGCUCUGCCUGGCCAGGUCACUAUCCGGGUCCGAGUGCCAUAUCGUGUGGUGGGGUUAGUGGUAGGGCCCAAGGGGGCCACCAUCAAGCGGAUCCAGCAGCAGACUAACACCUACAUCAUCACGCCCAGCCGGGACCGAGACCCUGUCUUUGAAAUCACCGGCGCCCCGGGCAAUGUGGAAAGAGCCCGGGAGGAGAUUGAGACCCACAUUGCUGUUCGCACUGGCAAGAUUCUUGAAUACAACAAUGAGAAUGACUUUCUGUCUGGUAGCCCGGACCCUGCUCUGGAGAGCCGCUAUUCUGAGGCCUGGAGAGUCCAUCCCCCAGGGUGCAAACCCCUUUCCACCUUCCGACAGAACAGCCUGGGUUGUAUUGGGGAGUGUGGUGUUGAGUCAGGAUUCGAGGCACCGCGGCUUGGAGAACAAGGGGGUGACUUUAGCUAUGGUGGCUACCUGUUUCCCGGCUAUGGGGUUGGCAAGCAAGAUGUGUACUACAGCGUGGCUGAGAGCAGUCCUCCCCUCUGGGCUGGCCAGGAGAAUGCCACCCCCACCUCCGUCCUUUUUUCCUCUGCUUCCUCUUCUUCCUCCUCUUCAGCCAAGGCCCGGGCUGGUCCCCCAGGGUCGCACCGCUCGCCGGCCCCAGCAUCAGCAUCCUCAGCCGUCCCAGAGCUUGCUGGGCUUCCGAGGCGACCACCUGGGGAGCCCCUCCAGGGCUUCUCCAAACUUGGGGGUGGUGGGCUGAGGAGCCCAGCGGGAGCAGGGGGCGGGCGAGACUGUAUGGUGUGCUUCGAGAGUGAGGUCACAGCAGCCCUGGUCCCUUGUGGACACAACCUCUUCUGCAUGGAGUGUGCUGUACGAAUCUGCGAAAGAACUGAUCCUGAGUGUCCUGUUUGUCACAUUACAGCCACACAAGCCAUCCGAAUAUUCUCCUAAAUACCCUCCCCGGUUUUGGCUUCCCUCCCUGCUUUGGACUGAGUUUUCCACCACGGUCCUUUAGAAAUCGGCAAUCUUGUGGGGACAGGGUGUUUGAAGAUCCCCGCUUUGGGACUUGGGAGGGGGAAGUCCUAUGGGAGUGGGGUAGGACGUGGGUCUUUAUGCCCUCCCAAUGGUCCCAUCUUGGGGAGAUAAGGGAGGGGCAGAUGGGGAAUGAAUGAUGUUCCCUUUGAGAGUUACAACUCUAAUACCUCAAUAGACCCUCAAAUCUGGAAGCAGCUAAGAGAACCUUUUAUAUUUUGCUGGGGGCAAGAGUUUUCACCCCAUCUCGUCACUCCAUUCCUUCCCUCCCUUCACUAAGUCACCCUUCCCCUUUUCUUGGUGAUUGUUGGGAAGACAGGGAAUGGAAAGUAAAGAUGCCAUCUGAAAUUUGGAAGGGCUACAAAACCCCUAGAGCCCAGAAUGCUUUAAUUCCCCUAAUCCAUAAUUCCAAACCUUCAGCCUCUGACCUCUUAAUCUACCCUAACUCUUGUCACCUUUUCCCACCCCUAGCAUCCAAAAGACACACAUAAAUUUAGGCAAUCUAAACUCCCGGGCCUUUCCUGCCAUCCUACUUUGGAUGAAUUUCCUUUUUGGAUAGGGCAGACGGGAAAACCUCUCAUAAGAAGUUCCAUCUCUCCCCUCUUCUCUUUUAGAGAAUUGUUGGAGAGAAAGGAAUAAUGGGAGGCUAGGGUUUGGAAAUUACACUAUCCCCUACAAUAAGCACCAAGAGGAACAAGUGGGGAUAUUCUCUGUCUCUCUUAGCUCUUACUUUCAUAUACUUGUCCUUUUCUCUCUAGUCUCUAUAAUUAUUGUUUCUCCUUCCACUCUUCAUUUGUGCUGUAUUUCUGUUUGCUCCUAUCUCCCCUUGUCACUCUCUGUUCUCUGUCAUACUUUCUCUCCUGUCUCUUUGUCACUCUCUGUUCUCUGUCAUACUUUCUCUCCUGUCUCUUUGUCACUCUCUGUUCUCUGUCAUACUUUCUCUCCUGUCUCUUUGAGCUUCCUUUCCUUCUAUACCCUAUCAUCUCUCUCUCUCUCUCCUCCUUUCCCUUCUCCUUCCUUCCCUUUCUUCUGGUUAAACUCAGCUUUUGGGAAGCCAUGUUCCUCUGGAGGGAGUUGGGGGAAGGUGGGAGCGCGCCUCAAUGACUCUUUCACAUUCACAUUUACUAGAUCUCACCAACUGCCUUCCAUUCCCAGCCCCACCCACCCCCCAGCCUCCACCUCUUUCUCCUUACAAAGGAAACACUGAAUGCCCAAGAGAACCUAACCCUGCUCUCUUCGGCAUCAGCAGGCAUCUGAGGGGCAUUGGGGGAGGCACCUGCACUCCUUGACCAUCUGUUGGCAUUAAAUUUGUGUAUCUGUUGUGUGUGGGGGGGUAUUCAUCUGAGGGGAAUGAUUGGUUGGCAGGAGCACGGAUGGGGAAGGAAUGAAAGCUGAUGCCCCCAGAGUUGGGGAUCCUAAUUGUUCUGUGACCUGGUAGGGGCAGAAAACUGGGUGGAGGGACAAGAGUGAGAGCCCUACCCAGUUGUGGGAAUAUGUGCCCCUGCCAUUUUUCUAUCUUCAUUCAUUAUGCUAAUCUCAGAACCUUCCGUCCAAUAGUUUGGGUGUUGAAAGGUGACCCGAAGAGGGGGCCACGCAGGAUUAGUUGGGGAGGGGACUUCUCACUGAGAGCUGUUCUGAGGGUUAUCCGGUUGGAAGUGAGGGUUUGAUACAUCACCUUUUCCCUUCCCUCAGUGCCCAUAUCAGGGCUACUGUUGACCUCUUGACACUCCCCUAGUUCUGCUGGCCAGGCUGGGGAAGGAGCAGGAGGGGAAGAGUCCUAGAUGAACCCAGAGACUCUUGUACUUAAUAGGGUGGGACUGUUGAGUGAUCUCUAAGCACUUAGAGAGAAUGUGAAUCCCAUUCUUCCUGCUUUGUAAGGAGGUAGAGAGAUAGAGAGGCAGGGAGAAACUCCUUUCUCCCCUUCUCCCUAUCAUGAAUUAACUCAUCAUCUUCCUCCUCUCCCCUUUCCUUCCCCAAGUCAGGGAAGGGAAAGGAAUAAGAUAUAUAUAUAUAUAUGUGUGUGUG